ACUUCCGUCGCGCCUGCGCCGUUGGCCGCCAGCCUCACGUUUGCGGCGGUUUGCCGGGAUGAACCAGCUAAGAGGAGACCGCUGUUGAAGCCCGCGGACGAUGCGUUCUGGUGCGGCGGUCAGGGCCUGCCGGAAAGUCUGCAGGUGCCUGUUGUCUGGGUUUGGGGGUCGAGUGGACGGAGGGCCGCCCGAGCUGUCGGUGGAAGGGAGCGGCUCCCUCGGAGUGCCCCUGAGGUCGCACGCAGAGCCGCCCGGGGGGAGCGAGCCGCCCGAAGCCCCCGAGUCCGGUGAGGGGAGCCAGGAGCUGGUAGAGAUCUGUCGGAGAAGGCAUUUCUUCAGCGGCAGCAAGCGGCAGCUUAGCCAACAUUCUCUUCUGAACGGGUGCCACUCCGGCUUUGGCCCCUUGGGCAUAGAGUUGCGGAAGAACCUGGCAGCAGAAUGGUGGUCCUCGGUGGUGGUGGUCAGGGAGCAGGUCUUCCCGGUGGAUGCCCUCCAUCACGAGCCUGGCCCUACGCUGCCCGGGGACAGUGCCUUCAGGUUAGUUUCAGCAGAAACUCUACGUGAAAUCUUGCAAGACAAAGAGCUGAGUAAGGAACAGCUAGUAGCAUUUCUUGAGAACUUAUUAAAAACUUCUGGGAAACUACGGGAGAACCUUCUUCACGGUGCUUUGGAGCACUAUGUUAGUUGCCUGGAUCUGGUAAACAAGAGGCUACCUUACGGCCUUGCUCAGAUUGGAGUAUGUUUUCAUCCUGUUUCUGAUACUAAGCAGACACCUGAUGGUGUUAAAAGAAUCGGUGAGAAGACUGAGGCUUCACUGGUUUGGUUUACUUCAGCAAGAACUGCAGGCCAGUGGCUUGAUUUCUGGUUACGUCAUCGACUCCUGUGGUGGAGAAAGUUUGCCGUGAGUCCAUCUAACUUCAGCAGCAGCGAUUGUCAGGAUGAAGAGGGACGAAAAGGAAACCAGCUUUACUACAAUUUCCCCUGGGGAAAGGAGCCAAUAGAGACCCUAUGGAAUCUAGGAGACCAUGAACUUUUACACAUGUAUCCUGGAAAUGAGUCUCAAUUACACGGCCGAGAUGGACGGAAAAAUGUAGUUCCAUAUGUUUUAUCUAUUAAUGGCAAUCUAGACCGAGGUGUGCUGGCUUACCUCUAUGAUUCUUUCCAGCUAACGGAGAACUCCUUUACAAGAAAGAAGAAUCUUCAUAGAAAGGUACUUAAACUUCACCCUUGUUUAGCCCCUGUUAAGGUUGCUUUGGAUGUGGGAAGAGGCCCAACAGUGGAACUAAGACAGGUUUGUCAAGGGUUAUUUAAUGAAUUACUAGAAAAUGGUAUUUCUGUGUGGCCUGGUUAUAUGGAAACUGUGCAGUCCUCAUUGGAACAACUUUAUUCAAAGCUCUGCUUCAGGAGGGAACUCAAGACAGAAGAAGCAGCCAAUGGUGACCAAGUUACCAACUUUAUGGCCUCAAAGACUUAAAGAUUUUUAAGGGGAGCAGCCAAUUCGUAUGCCUCAAUGAAUCCCUGGGGCAGCAUCCUUGACAGAGCAGCACCUGGCAACAGUGGCCUCAGAGAACAACUUUGGGAACAGUGAUGGUGGCCUUGGAACGCAACUUGGGGAAGAACACCAACAGCACCAAUAAUUCAUUCUUCCUAUGGAACUGAAGUCUACAUCCCGUAAUUUUCAGGAAAGAGCAGUUGAAACAUACUUGAGGAAACAUGGACUCUUCUCUGAGAUGACAUGAUCCAAACUAGACCAAGGAUUGAUAUCUCAAUUGACUGGAAAAAUGUAAACUUUCCUGAGAGUUUGUAAAAGGACUGGCCAAGGGGAUCAUAGCAUCAUAGUGAUUGGAGUAAGAGAGUUGCUACUCUUCACUAAACCAGUUAUAUUUUUACAAAUUUCAAGGAAUCCGUGAAGACUCAUUCAGCUGUCACCUUUCCCAGAAGACCUUUCCUAAAUCCUCUAGGCUGAAGUACUUCCUCUUCUGCUUCCCAUCCUUUUAUUAUCUGAUCCACUUGGAUGUCUAUGGUCCUCUCAAAUGUAACCUGUUUGAAACUGAACUCUAGCUAAUCUGCUAAUUACUGAAAAAUCAAUAGGUAGAUAAACAUAUACUAAAAUCCAAUUGUUUAAAAAAUGUUUUUAUUCACAUAUUCAUUCAUUCAUCCAUCCAUCCAUUCACUUAUUUUACUAUGGUAAGAAGAGUUAACAUGAGAUCUACUUUCUUAAAUUUUUAAGUGCUCAAUACAGUGUUAUUAACUAUGUACAGCAAAAUGUUGUACCGCAAGAUCUGGAGAACUUACUCAUGUUGCAUACCCAAAACCUUAUACCCAUUAAACAAUUUUCAUUUUCCCCAACUCCUCGUUCUUCCAGUUUUCCCCAUCUCAGUAAAUGCACCACUUCCCAUCGGCUGAUCAUAUUAGAUAUCUGGAAGUCAUUCUUGAUUCCUUCUUCACCUUCACUAACCUGUGAACCCAAAUCAAAUCUAAUAAUCUAACAAGUCCUACGGUUUCUUCCUCCAAAAUACACUUUGAAUCCACUUACAUCUCCAUUGUCCAUCCUCACCAUUGUUUGUCUCCUGGAUGACUGCAAAAGCCUCUCAACCAAUCCCCAACUCCUACUCUUGCCCUGCCUCACCUAGAAUGGAAUAACUUUGAAGACGAUAAACUGGGUGCCAGGCCCUGACUUGUUCCCUUCCCUCUCCCUUCUCACCUGAGGUCACACUCCCCUCAUCUGAUUUUCAGCCAUACCAGCCUCCUUUUUUAGGUCCAUCCCAAUCAGCCAAGAUCUUUCCCAAGUUGGAACCCUUGCACAGGCUAUUGUCCUUUGACUAGAGCCCUCUUUCCCUGUUUCUUCACAUGGCUAAUUCCUUCUCAUUCUUCAGGACUCUAGUUAAAUGUCAUCCCUUUGUAAAGCCAUCCCUAACUACCCUAUCUAAGUAGAUUGCUUCACCGUCCUCUGCUUCUCUUCAUCACUGUGCCAUUUUACUUUUCCUUCAUAACAAUCACCAUAGUUUGUGAUUACGAAUUUGUUUGGGUACUUGGGUUUUGUAUCUCCCCAACUAGACUGGAAGCUCCACCAGGGCAGAAAUUAAUGUAUAUCCCAGAGCUUGGCACAUUUGAGAUAUCAUUAAAUAUUUGAUGAGUGAAUCAAUGAUUAA